AUGGCGGCGGCCGCCACCGCCGCCAGCCCCGGUAGUCCCGCCGCCGGGCCCCUGCCGCCGCCGGAGCCCUGCCCCAGGAAGGGCCCGCCGCCGGGGCCGCCGCAGCCGCCGCCGGCGCGCAGCGACCCCCGCCGCAGGCAGGCCGCGCUCUCCUUCCUCACCAGCAUCUCCCUCGACGGGCGGCCCCCUCCGCCGGGCAACGACGGCCCCGCCGCCAGGCCCCGCCAGGCCCCGCCGCCACCGCCGCCGCCGCGGCUGGGCAGCCCCCCGGCGGCGCCCGCCGAACCCCCCCGGGCCCAGGAGGAGGAGGAAGAGGAGGAGGAGGAGGACGCCUUCGCCGCGGUGCAGGUGCCGGCCGCCGCCUUCCUGGGCGCCGCGGCGGCGGGCAGCCGCGGCCGCCUCAACUCCUUCACGGCGGGGGUGCUGCCGGGGCCCUUCGGCCGCACCAGCCCCCAGGGCCCCGCCGGAGGCGGCGGAGAGCUGGGGCAGCCCGGCCCCGCCGCCGCCUUCGAGCUGCAGCGGUCCCGACGUCGGCUGAUCUCCCAGCGAUCUUCUCUGGAGACUCUGGAGGACAUCGAGGAAAAUGCCCCACUGCGGAGAUGUCGGACACUCUCAGGAUCACCCAGACCAAAGAACUUUAAGAAGGUUCAUUUUAUCAAGAACAUGCGGCAACACGAUACCAGAAACGGCAGAAUAGUCCUUAUCAGCAGCAGAAGAUCCUUCUGUAGCAUAUUUUCAGUGCUGCCAUAUCGAGACUGUACCCAAGUCGGGGAUAUGAAGCUGGACGGUGGACGCCAGUGCCAUUCUACUGGAGUGUGUCUGAAAGAGAUAAUUGGUCUUGAAGGUGUGGAGCUUGGAGCGGAUGGGAAGACGGUUUCUUAUACACAGUUCCUAUUUCCCACCAAUGCUCUGGGAACUCGGAGAAACACAAUAGACUCCACCUCAUCCUUCUCCCAAUUUCGCAAUGCAAGCCAUCGUAGCCUUUCUUUGGCGAGAGCUAACAGCACCCAGGGGAGCAUUGAUGCAGGUAGCGACCUGGGAGACUUUGUUGAAUACGACCCAAAUCUUUUAGAUGAUCCCCAAUGGCCAUGUGGCAAACAUAAGCGGGUUUUAAUAUUUCCUUCAUAUAUGACCACAGUCAUAGACUACGUGAAGCCAUCAGAUCUCAAGAAGGACAUGAAUGAGACCUUUAAGGAGAAGUUCCCUCACAUCAAGUUAACCCUCAGUAAAAUAAGAAGCUUGAAGAGAGAAAUGCGCAAGCUUGCUCAAGAAGAAUGUGGUUUUGAAGAGCCCACAGUGGCCAUGGCCUUUGUCUACUUUGAGAAGCUCGCUCUCAAGGGGAAGCUGAACAAGCAGAAUAGAAAGCUUUGUGCUGGAGCCUGUGUUCUUUUAGCAGCCAAAAUUGGCAGUGACCUCAGAAAACAUGAAGUCAAGCAUCUUAUAGAUAAACUGGAAGAGAAGUUCCGGCUGAACAGGCGAGAGCUGAUUGCCUUCGAGUUCCCGGUGCUGGUGGCCUUGGAGUUUGCUCUCCACCUUCCCGAGCACGAAGUGAUGCCGCACUACAGACGCUUGGUGCAGAACUCCUAGCGCUGGCUGCCCUGCGGGGAAGGGGCUCCCGACUGUUCCCGCUUGGCUCUCUUGAGCCACAGUUACUACUGGAAAUGCAAAAUCAGACUCCUAACACUUCACUCUCUCUCUCCCCAAAACAGUUUUUCCGGCAACAUAUAGGAAACACUGCGUCAACGUGAGACUCUCAGCUUUGACAAAUUUACGUAUCGUUACUCUCUCAAAGCAGGUGAAGACUGAGCUGUUGGUAAAUGGUUAACGUGCUGAAACUGGGUGGCAACUGACCCUACCUGUGGGGACUACAGCUAUAAAAGUAGGCAAAAAUUUGAAGGGCAGCCUCCAUGACCACCCCUCUCUCCAUCACACAAACCCUGGAAGCCCACGUGAGUGCAUUCUCAUAGCGCUUUUUCUACAGACCUGCUGCAACUUCCAAGAGGACUUCUUAACGUGAAAAAGCUUUUAAAGAGGAUAUCUUCACUGUGUCAAAAAGAAUGUGCCAAUCUAUUUUUGUAUCAGCAAUUGAAAGUGCACUUUUUCCUGUGGGGUGUUUGUGUGUGUAUCCGUGUGUGUGUGCGUGUGCGACACCGAACUGAUCUCAGUCCAGGUGGUUGGCUUAGCUGUUUCCGAGUGUAUCAGUUACCGAUGGUGAAGAUCAAGGUGACCUUACGUGUUUACUUCUUGAAAAACAUAACUACUGGAAAAGUGGUAAUUGGGAUCAUUUUUGGACACUUGGUUUUUUUAUUCUCUGAUCUUUCCAACAUUGUACCUUUGAAAGGAUUACACUACUACUACUACGAGAGAAGGAUCAGCAACUGACCUUAAGUUUUCAGUCAUGUUUGUGAUAAAGAUGAAAGCAUUAGUAUGAGAUUUCCAUGUCAUGUUUUUUAAAAAUAUCUUGUGUUAAGCCACAUGCAUAUUUUUAACCUUCGCACUUUUCCCACUGUGGAGAUGGUUAGACUUGCACUCUGUAGUGUUGUAUUUCUGUGCUCUAUGUUAGAGUGCGUAAUAAGCACAUUUAUUGUGCUCUAUCUUAAAACAGUGUUUUAUUAAAAAAAAAAAAAGAGUAGGGCUCAGCAGUAUAACAGGUGUCUUAAGGCUCCAACAGCAGGGGCAUCAGCUGUUAAAGUUUUGGUUUUUAAUUAGAAUUGACUGUGCAAAACCUAAAAUCAGUGCCCAUUAAAGUUAGAGGUCCAGUUCCUUUAGACAUUUCAGUACUGGAGUUUUACAGGAAAACUUCUUGCAGCUUCCUGGUUCUGACUGGACGCCCAGAAAGCUGGAGGGUUUGAUCCAGGCUCCCCGAUGCUACGUACACACUAAGCUAGCGCCAUGCUUACGGACAUCGUUCAAUUGCUGUUAAUCCUGUGGGAUUACACCCCUGUCCAAUCUUCUCCUGUGCUGGUUCACUUAACAAGCCUUGCCCUCGACAUGCCCCACACGGAUCCGGUAAAGUCAAAUACUUACAUUUAUGGUAAUUAUAUAAAAUAAAUAAUAAUCUCAACCGUGAGAUUUUAGCUGAAGCCUUACCUCUCUAAGUUUGGGAGUGCUUGCUCAGAGUAUGGAAGGGGCUUGUGAGCAGAAUGUAGAGAAGUGGGACAUACCAGAGGAUGUAAACACACUAAUGCUUACUUUCUUUCGCUCUUACUUUAAUCAGGUUUAUUAUUUCCUUCAGUUAGGCCAGGAAACAUCCAGUUUCUUUACCAGCUUUGACUCCUUUAAAUUCUAGUAUGAAAAACGCCUGCGUAUGAUUGCUCUAUAGGAUCUGGAAAGGUUACACAUGUCAGGACAAAUGGGAAUUUGUUUGAUGCUGUUGCUCUCCCUCCAUUUUAAGGGGGAGGGUGACUAUGCUAGCUUGCAGUUAUUAUUAAUACUUACCUAAUUACUGAUAUAGAUACAUUCCAACAGGAUUGGGGAGGAGGGGGUAAAGAGAAAAGUGUGCGUUUAACCUCCCUGGUGCAAUGCCCCACACCGCUGCAACCCACGUAUCACUCUGCCGGCUGCGCAGCGAGGGGAAGGGGGCCCUCACCAGCGCUCCUGCUCCCUCCUCCUCCUCCCGGCCCCCACGCAGCCAAGGAACAGAGGAGCCAAGAGCCUGGAGCGCGCCUAACGCCUACGGCUGCCCUGCCGGUUUAUUCAGCCCCAAAAGGCGGUGUAGUGUUGACCUACAAGCCGAAACGGUCUGCAGAUCUGCUAGGAGGGCUUCCAUCCUUGGCUGCAUCCCUUCCCACCGAAAUCGUGUAUAUACGUUCAAGAUUUGCUUCUGAUUGCAGAGAUCUGUUUCUAAUAGCGACCACUCAA